ACAAGAGGAGCUGCACGUUUCUCCUCCCUGUCUUCACCAGUGGUUUUGAGAACAAGCAGAACCUCUUAACAUAUAAAUGAACAGUUAAAACCCCUUUACAAAUGAUGGCUGCAACUUCAGCUGAUUUACCAACCACUGUUCCACACAAGGAAGAACUCUGGAGUAACCAAACCAACCUGACCAUAAAUGCCUCAGAAAGUCACAGUAAUGGCAGCUGUUCCUUGGAAGACAACAACUCACUGUCACUUGCUUUGAUCUUCUUUUACUCCAUUAUUUUUCUCGUUGGAUUGGUUGGAAAUAUCAUAGCCCUGUUUGCUUUCCUGCGCAUUCACCAGAAAAGGAAUUCUAUCCAAGUCUACUUGCUAAAUGUAGCAGUUGCAGACCUUCUGCUGAUCUUCUGCCUUCCCUUCCGGAUCCUCUACCAUGCCACCAACCGCUGGAUGUUCGGGCGGAUUUUUUGCAAGGUUGUGGGAACUCUGUUUUACAUGAACAUGUACAUUAGCAUAGUACUGCUGGGACUCAUUAGUCUGGACCGUUACAUAAAAAUAAAUAAGUCUGUGAAGCGCCCAAAGAUGUUAACCACUGCCCGCAGUGUGCAGAUCUGUUGCACGGUGUGGGCGAUUGCACUGACAGGAUUUAUAGUGGUAGUUGUACCGUCUUUCUUUAAGACUAAGGACAGCAACUCUACCAAGUGCUUUCAUUACCGAAGCAAGCAGAAUGCAGAGAAGACUGAAGCAAUUUUAAAUUAUAUCAUUGUACUGAUUUUUUGGGUAGUAUUUUUUCUUUUGAUACUUUCGUAUGUAAAAAUUGCCAAGAACCUUCUGAAAAUUUCAAGGAGGAGGGCAAAUUUUCCCAAUGCAGGAAAAUACACCAAGACAGCAAGAAAUUCCUUCAUUGUUCUCAUAAUUUUCACCAUCUGUUUUGUGCCUUAUCACAUAUUCCGGUUUGUGUACAUCACAUCGCAGUUACAAACCCCAUCCUGUCGCUGGACAAAGAUCAUUCACGUGUGCAAUGAGGUGAUGCUCGUAUUUUCAUCGUUCAACAGCUGCCUAGACCCAGUUAUGUAUUUCCUAAUGUCCAGGAGUGUCCGUAAGACUGUAUUGCAACUGAUAUGCACAAAACUUCAUGGAGAGUCCAGCCUAAACCUGGAGAGCACUUCAGACAUCAAACUUGGCCAAUACGCUCAAGAGCGAUUAUCCACCACCACUCCCCACUCCAGCUACUCGAGGAAGAAAUCUAUGAUUUGAAUGUUUAAAUCAAUCUCUGUCACUCCAGGUCACCAAUUUCAGAUCACAAAAUCCUCUGCUCCACAGCUACUAAUUCUGCCUCUUUGCUCCUGUUAAGAAAAAUGAGAAGUCUUACUUCUGUUUGUGAAAAUGAGAAGUAAUUUUUCAGAAGAAUUUUUUCGCUCUUGUUUAUCCACGAAAGCAAAUUAGAAGUUCUCAGACAUUUUGUGUUGGACUAAACUAGAACACUAACUCUUUAGGGAGAUUUCCAAGU